UCCCCCUACGGUUAUGUGCCUACAGAGUGGAUCACCCUCAUGUUUUUCGGGCUUUUUGCUGUCUCGACAUUGACACAUUUCUUCCAAGCAUUCUAUUACAGAGUCUGGUGGUUGCUGCCAACGGCCUUUUUAGCAGGCGUACUAGAAUGUGCAGGAUGGGCCGCACGAUUCUGGUCAAGCCAGAAACCGGCGCUACUCAAACCUUAUAUCAUUCAGACGACGGCUACCAUCAUAGGGCCAACGCCUCUGCUUGCGACAAACUUCAUCAUCCUCGAAAAACUCAUCCAUCUACUCGGCCCUCAGUAUAGCCGACUGCCACCGAAACUCUAUGGCUACAUUUUCCUGUCUUGCGAUCUUGUAGCUCUUACUGUUCAGGCUUACGGCGGAACCGUCGCGUCGAAGGCCGUCUCUGAUCACAAAGAUCCGGAAACGGGCGGGCAUAUCAUGCUCGGCGGCAUCAUCUUCCAGAUGAUUGCCAUCAUUGUAUAUGUGAUCUUGGCCACCGAGUUUUUUUUCCGUCUCGUGAAGAAUAGACCACUGAAGAAAGACUAUACCGAAGUGGGCGCCAACAGAAAAGUUGAAAUACCGAUGCCCUUGAAAUCUAUGAUUGGCGGUUUGGUGUUCAUGACGACUUGUAUCUUUAUUCGGUCUAUCUACCGCACCGUGGAACUCAUCGACGGAUUUACGGGAAAGAUCAUCGAGACCCAGAUCCUUUUCAAUCUCUUUGAUGGGGCAAUGAUUGUGCUCGCUAUCUAUGCGCUAAACUACUUCCACCCAGGGAGACUCCUAGCACAG